AUGAUCCAAGGAUCUCCCGGUCCUGGACGUACCAAAAAGAUAUUUGUAGGAGGUUUAGCAUCAACAGUUACCGAGAGUGACUUCAAGAAGUACUUUGAUCAAUUCGGUAUUAUUACAGAUGUUGUGGUAAUGUAUGAUCACAACACCCAAAGGCCAAGAGGGUUUGGGUUCAUUACUUACGAUUCAGAAGAUGCUGUUGAUAGGGUGUUGCAUAGAACUUUCCAUGAACUUAAUGGAAAAAUGGUUGAGGUUAAGCGAGCUGUACCUAAAGAGAUGUCUCCAGGCCCUAGUCGCAGCCCUGUAGUAGGAUAUAAUUAUGGCAUGAGUAGGGCUAGCAACUUCAUUAACAACUAUGCUCAAGGCUACAAUCUUAACUCUAUUGCUGGAUAUGGUAGACUUAAUCCGCUUGUUACUGGUCGAACUGGGCUUCCACCAUUUGGUAAUCCUGGAUAUGGAAUGGGUAUGAAUAUGAAUAUGAAUAUGGAGCCAGGGUUAAGUGCUAACUACAGUGCCAAUUCUAAUUUCAGCAACAACCAGGGUUAUGGUCGUGUUUUGGGACCUUAUUAUAGUGGCAACUCAAACAGGUACAACACUCCAAUCGGAUAUAAUUCCUGGUGCUUUCUGGGAUCUGGUAGUGGAAAUUUUGGGGUCUCGUUUGGUAACAAUGGAGCCAAUUGGGGUACAUCUCCUACAACAUCCCAAGGUGGGGGUAAUGGUUCUGGAUAUAGCAGUGGGAAUCUCGGGUAUGGUUUUGGUGAAAGUUAUGGGUUGAGCGGUGGAGGCUAUGGAAGAACUCAUAACACUGAUGUUGCUCCCCAUCUACAUUUGCAGCAUCAACAGGUGGUUUUGAUACAUCAUAUGGUGACCUAUAUCGUGGUACGUCAGGGUAUGGUGAUUCAACAUGGCGUGCUACUUCUCCUGAGCUUGAUGGAUCUGGUACAUUCGGCUUUGGUUUAG